AGCCGCGCGGAGCGGAGAUGGGCAGCAGCAGCGCGGAGCCCGCCGGCCGCCCCCGGAGCGCCCGCCUCCUCUUCCCCGACGGGACGGCCGGCCACUGGAGGGAAGAGCCCGCCGCAGGUCCCAGGACGGAGCGCGGCGGUGGGGCUGGCGGUGGGGCUGCAGCCGCCGCCGCGGGGCCCAGGAAGAGGAAGCGGACCACCUUCAGCCGGGGCCAGCUGAGCGAGCUGGAGCGGGUCUUCGCGGCCCUGCCCUACCCAGACAUCGGCACCCGGGAGCGCCUGGCGGAGCUCACGCAGCUGCCGGAAGCCAAGAUCCAGGUCUGGUUCCAGAACCGCCGUGCCCGGAGGAUCAAGAGCAGCCCCUCCACCACGCAGCGACCCGGCUGCCGCAAAGCCCGUCGGGGCGGCUCUCCCCAGCCCGGGAGGCCUCCGGUGCUGAUCCCCCCUCCACCGUCCGGCGGCGCCAGCAGCAGCGCCUCCCUUUUCCUCAGCUGGGAGGAGGUGCCGGGGCCGCCCCAGCACUGGACCGGAGGCAGCUCUGUGCCCGAGGAGGAGGAGGAGGAGGAGGAAGAGGCCUCCGUGGCCUGGAGGGCCCUCUCCGGCUGCUGCUGCUGCUGCUGCUGGGACGGCUUCCCUGCACCCACCACCUCCCUGGGCUCCAUCUCGGAACUGAUCUACAGCGCGGCUUUGGUGGCUAACCUUGGGGAACUCUAGAGGCAGCGAAGGCCCUGCAGGCGGGCGUCCCCCCUUGCCUGCACCUGAUGGGGACGCAGCCCCGUGGAGGAGCCUCCGCUUUGCCUGCAGAAGGUGUUCCCCCCCGA